AUGAACAUUUUCUUCGUGUACGACAAUUUAGAAGCCUUAACAGAAUCCAUUUUUAUAACUGUGACUGAUAUUCUUGCUUGGAUUAAGGUCUACUUUUUCAUACGAAACGUAGAACUUCGCAAGAAACUUAUUAGAACUUUAACGAAUGCUACCUUCCAACCAAAAAAUUUAAAACAAAUACAUAUAGUUCAGCCUGCUUUAAAAACGUGGAAACGGAUGUAUAUCACAUUCUCAGUUAUGACGAGUUAUACCGUGCUAAUUUGGACGACGUUUCCAUUUUUGGAUAAGUCAUUUAAAGAAAGAAAUUUGCCUUUUGCUGCCUGGUAUCCAUACGAUUCGAAAAAAUCGCCGUUUUAUGAGUUGACUUAUGUUUAUCAAGUUCUGGGUAUGUGGUAUCUAACAUUGGUUACUAUAAAUAUGGACACAUUGAUGGCAGCUUUGAUGGUUUUAAUUGGAGCCCAGUGUGAUAUUUUAUGUAACAAUUUACAAACAGUGAACAUUUCUAGAAGAUCGGGUUUCCUUUCUGAAACCAGCUUUAAUGAAAAUCUGAUAAAAUGUAUUAAACAUCAUCGAGAAAUUGUGCGAUUUGCUGUCGACUGCAAUAAAUUUUUUAGUAUGAUAGUGCUAGGUCAGUUUUUUACUAGUACGGUUGUUCUUGCGGUUACUAUGUUUCAAAUGACUUUGGUGGAUCCUGUGAGUACUGAAAGUUUUACUCAUUUGUCUUACGUGAAUGCUCUUACCGCUCAGCUUUUUAUGUACUGCUGGUUUGGAAAUGAAGUAGAAGUCAAGUUGCGGCUGGGGUAUCACGUAUUUAUUUAA